AAAAUGAUUUUGGUUCACGGAAAAAUUAUACCAGAGAACUUUUUUUGGUGCGUGUCCGUCCCACACGUGUGUACAAUUUAACAGUUUACGAAGUCUGCUGUGAUUGAUGUUAAUAUCUACAAUGAAUCAUGUCUGGUGAAAGAAGUAGUGCCCGUGGCCUUCACAUAUCUUCUGAGACCGGUGAAAUUGAUACCGUUAACGUUUAACGGCUGCAAGAAAGACAUAAGGAGGAGAAUUUCAGGAGGUCGUUAUUCUCUAAAGGAACGAUACUGAUAGGUAAAUGUAUUUCAGGAGAAUAUUACAGUGCUUAAACGAAAGACAAUCUUCUUUUAGAAACUUCCUUCUUGUAUGCCAAAAGCACAAAAUGUGUGAUAGUACUGAACAUAUACAAACUGCAGAUGUUUCCAAACUUCCUGUGCAAGAUGUUUGCACUAUACAGGAAGGCAAAGCUGAAGUUUAUUUACCCAAAUCUGUGUUCUACAAUCCAGUGCAAGAAUUUAAUCGAGAUUUAACUGUUGUUAUUAUUUCGGAAUUUACCAAAAAUUUCAUCAAUGACCCUUUGCACUUGAAGCGGAUUGCAGCAUUGGAAGAGAACAGUGACAGCAACAAUUGUAACAAGAAUGAUAUAGUUCAUGAUAAAAGUAUUCUAAUUAAUGAAAGCUUAUCUACAUCCACAAAACAGAUAAAACCACCUGUUUGUUGCGACAGUGAUAAUGUUAUUGCUAAGGAAGAAACUCAAAAAGUGGAACAACCUCUUGAAGCUGGAAAAGUCUAUGCUAAUGGGGUGCGUAUUUUAGAAGGACUUGCUGCUUCUGGGUUGCGAUCUGUUCGAUUUAGCCUUGAAGUUCCAGGUGUGAAGGAAAUCAUUGCAAACGAUUUUGAUGAGAAUGCAGUUGACUUUAUAAAAAUGAACAUUGAGAAGAAUGGUGUUAGUAACCUUAUGAAAGCCAAUUGUGGAGAUGCAUCAAUGUUUAUGUAUGAAAACCGUGAAUAUAAGCAAGGCUUUGAUGUUAUUGAUCUUGAUCCAUAUGGUAGCCCUGCACGAUUUUUAGAUGGUGCAGUACAAGCUGUAUCUGCAGGUGGCCUUUUAUGUGUGACCUGUACUGAUACAGCUGUUUUAUGUGGGAAUGCUGGUGAGACCUGUUUCUCAAAGUACCGAGCAAUGUCUCUACGUAGUGAGUAUUGCCAUGAGAUGGCUCUGCGGAUUAUACUUCAGGCUAUUGAGACACAUGCUAAUUGUUAUUCUCGCUAUAUUGAACCACUUGUUUCCAUUAGUGCCGAUUUUUAUGUACGUGUUUUUGUGCGAGUUUUUAAGGGCCAGGGAAAAGUGAAGCAGUCGGUAAGUAAAUUGGCUAUGGUUUACCAUUGUGUUGGCUGUGGAACAUUUAGUCUUCAGCGAUUAGGUGAGAAAAUACCCACGAAAGGUAACAACUUCAAAUACACUCCUGCACAAGGCCCACCUGUUGGGCAGACUUGUUUGCAUUGUGGACAUAAGCAUAAUGUUGGCGGUCCUAUUUGGGCUGAGUCAAUACAUAAUAAAGACUUCCUAAAACAAGUUCUCUCUGCAGUUGAAGCAAACAACUAUCAUGUAAAUACUAAAGAACGAAUUAUGGGAAUGCUUUCAGUUGCAUGUGAAGAACUGUCUGAUGUUCCACUGUAUUAUGUUGGAGAUGGUUUAUGUGAUAAAUUACACUGUGUUGCUCCCAGUCUCAUGCAGUUUAGAUCUGCUGUUUUGAAUGCUGGUUAUGAAGUAUCUAUGUCACAUUGUGUCAAAAACUCCCAUAAAACAAAUGCUCCUGCUGAAUUCAUUUGGGACUUAAUGCGAGAAUGGGUAAAAGAACAUCCUGUCAGUGAAAAAAGGUUACAGCCAGGUUCUGUUGCUAAAGCUAUUCUUGAUAAGAAAACAACUCAUGAUGUAUCAUUUGAAAUCCAUCCUGAUGCCAACCCACCAUCACGUAAACAAGGCCUCUUGCGCUGGCAAAUAAACCCUGAACCAAACUGGGGUCCAAAACCAAGAGCAAAAAUAUUUAAUGAAAAUCAAUUGGAGAGUAAACCGAAGACAGUCAAAGUGAAUAAGCGUAAACAUGAAAAGCCAGAACGUGACCUGAAAGUUUAUCCUUGCAAGAAUCUGAAAAUUGGAAAUUGCCAGCUUGGUGAUUCCUGUCGAUAUAAUCAUGAUAUUGUAGAGGCUGAUAAAGUCAAAGAGACAAUAGUCAAAGAGUAAAUAGUUGGAAGCUUUUGAAAUAUUUUUACUGUUUUAAAUUUCAGCUCUAUUCUGAGUUAUUUUUAUCAUUGAAAAAUAAAUCUUUUAAUGACUGUGA